AUGAAGGCGCAAUCAUCUCAAGAACAAGAAGAUGGAUUGACUAUGCUUCAUAGAAUUCUUAAGGAUGACAAUGUUGAUAUGGAUAGUGCGCUAUCCGAUAUGGAAGGUCCCUCAGUUAAUCAAAAUUUGGACAAACUCGAGAUUGAUUACCGGAAUCAGUUUGAAAUAGCUUACAGAGAAAAUAGCUUUGAAAAUUUAGAAGAACUCUCUGAUGAGACUAUUGGUAAACAUGUUACAUUAGAUACCCUACUGAAAAUGGAUAAUGACGUUAUAUUCAAAGAUGAAAAUAUUUUUGAUGAUGAAGAUCGUUCCAGCAGAAAACGUCAAAGGGAUAGUGUCUCUGAUACUGACACUUUGUUUAAUGAACAGACUGAUUCUAAGAAAAGGAAAGACUCCGAUAUGGAUAGUUGUAAGAAUGCUAUAGAUAGUAUAAUGACGGAGCAAAUUUUAUCUCCCAUAUCUUUAUCUCCUACUCCUUCAUCUGAUGGAAGUAUCCAAAAUGAUAAGACUGAGUCACUUGAAAUAGCUAAAGACUUACCAAAGGAACCUCGAAAACCAGUUGAUAAACCAGCAAGAGCUAAGCUCAAAAACAAAUAUGAAAUGUCUAAUAUUAUUAUCCAUAAGGAAGAUAUACCAGCAGCUAAUUUGAGAAAUAGAAGGAGUAUGGUAGAUAAUAAUGUUAUAAAAAAAAUUUCUCCUCAUUCCUCUGCAGAUCAUAAUAAGACAGUGAAAAAAGAACCUGUUGUUAUCACUAAUGAGUACACAGUCUCACAAGUUGCGCAAAUGAAGAGAAGGAUUAUAGACUCUCAUAAGCUACUUUUGAAUUUUAAUGUCAUUAAGGAUAAUUAUGCUAGGGCAUGUGUUCAAUUGAAAAGAUCUGUUACUGCAUUGAAGGAUAGUGAAAUUCACAGGGCUCAUUUAAUUCUCGAAAAUGAAGAAUUAAAAAAACAGCUGCAAGCAUUGCAACAGCAUUCAACUGGAAAGGAAGAAGCCAACAGUACAAAUAUUCCAAAACAAAACAUAUUAAAAAAUGAAGCAGACUCUUAA